UAACGUACGAAAGUUUAUCGACAAAACAUCGCAUACAAAUAGCUUACCCACGUUUCCGUCCGUAAUCAAUGUAUUAAUCAGUACUCAGUUAUCAUUGCAAUGAGGUGUUGUGUGUAACUAAAGAUUUAUUUUAAAUGUGUUUAAACAAACAUUUGAAUUAUUUAUUUUUCAACUUAAAAGGAAAACUCUUUUAGCUACCCGAUCAUAUAUUGUUAAAAUAUGCUGUUUCUACUACUGAUUGGUUUCUUGACCGUGACAUCAGCUGAUAAAAGAUGUCGCGGGGUGUACAUAGACGAUAAAUACUACAACUUGGACAUUGUUAAGGAAGGAAUAAACAAAUUACACGAUUUAGUCAUCAAUAGACACGAAAAUGCUAUUUACUUUACAUUCGAGGAUUUAACAGAAAUACCCACUAGACUUUUAGGUCACUUAGAUUUGUAUACGAAUAAGGCAAGCGUUAUACACGGCAUACGAAACGCUACCGCCGUAGCUAUAGACCAAUCCUACAAUAAAGUCUACGUGGGCGGUUCCGAUGGUCUAUUCAAGAUAAACGAUAAGAAAAUUCCAGAAAGACUGCCAAUACAAGACGAUAUAAGGCACAUGCAUUACAAUAACGGAUUAUACUUCACUAACAACCAAGGAAGAGCUUUUAAAUUUGAAGAUGGCUUCGCGUCUCCAGUACCGGAAUUACGCGGACUAGAGGUCGAGCAAUUCAUAUUUGACAAUGAUAAUAAUAUAUUUUUCAUACGCGGUAAGAAAUUAUUUACUGUCAAAUUGGGAACAAGAGCUGUCAAUACUUACGAAAGACAUGAAGCAAAUGCCAUAGCAACGGAUAUAUAUUCUAAAGCCUAUUUGUGUGCUAGUGACGGGCUUUACAUGUACAAUAAAUAUAAAUUCAUUUUCGAUAAAAUAGGUAAUUUACCUAAUAUUAAAGCUCUAACAUUCGAUAAAGACAAUAACCCCAUUUAUACCGUCUCUGAUUUGAUUGUCAAACUAAGACUAAGUUCGAUUGGUUGUUUUGAAGAUUAAAUAUAUUGUAGAUAUUAAAUAUAAAGCUAAUUUAUUAAGGUAGUAUAAUAUUAGUGAAAUUUAAAAUGUAGCACUGGCUUGAAAUUAAGAAAACUGUCUAAUAAUGUAAAAAACGUAAAAUAUAAUUUAAUUCUCAUUACAACUACACCAAAAAGGUUAUCAAUUGGAAGUUUAAUAAAGUACUGGUGAAAAAUAA